AUGUCGUCAAGCUUCAAAUCUCAUCGGAGUGUCCUCGAGCCAGCCACCAUAGCCGGACCACGACCUACAGCCGAGGACAUACACCAAGCCCUAGCUACCUUUCCAAGAGACACGGCUGCAGGACUGUCUGGCUGGUCGGUGCCGCUGCUGCAAGAAGCCUGCACGAGAAAGCAAGUGGUGGAAUUCCUCGUCCAGCUCUGCAAACAGAUCCAGAACGGCACGGCACCGGGUAGCCAAUUGCUGACAGCAUCCCGACUUGUGACCCUCGAUAAGGAAGAUGGCGGGGUGAGACCUAUUGCGGUCGGAGAACUGAUCUACAGGCUGGUUGCAAAAGUCCUACUGCGGAAACAGUUCGCAACAGACCAGCUUGCACCCUUCCAGCUAGGAGUCCAGAGCCCAGGAGGCGUCGAACCGAUUGUACACCUUCUCAGGCACGCAGUUGACGGCAACCUCAAGGGAUACACACACGUGUGCUCUGCCGACUUCCAAAACGCCUUCAACUCAGUCUCCCGAAAGGCUGUCUCGGCUGCAACAAUCAUGUACGCCCCGGAGUUCUACAAACCAGCCAAAUGGGCAUACGACGAGCCCUCGGCACUAGUCAUGUACGAUGGGACUGUGAUCACCUCCUCGGAGGGG